AGAAGAGGCUUCCAUCGGCGGGAACGGCGUCGUCGGCUUUGUUUAUGGAUUCUUUUCGAAACUGCCAGAAAUAACAAGCACAUUUUUAGACAAUAACCAAAGUUUGGAUACUUGAAUUUUUGUUUUAACAAUCUGUAUUUGAUCAAGUUAAAUAUGGCGUCAAAACGAUCAGUCGAGCAAAUGGAUAUCACUGAAACUGUGGAACUUUCAGGAGAUGACAUGGAGGAUACUGCUAGCAGUAUUGGCAGUUCUUCAACUUUGGAUACAGCCUCAAGGAGUGACACUCCAACAUUGAAACCCAAAAAACGGGGAAAGCCCGGCAGGAAGAAGGGCAUCAAAAUACCAAAAAUCAACUACAAAUUUGGCUCCUUUAUCAAAGAAGAUCAUGGCCAACCACUUUUCGGUGUCCAAUUCAAUCACUUGUUGAGAGACGGCCAACCUCUGGUUUUUGCAACUGUUGGCAGUCACAGGAUAUCAGUGUACGAGUGCCCAGAUACUGGAGGGAUCAAGCUUCUCCAGACGUAUGCAGACCCUGAUCUAGAAGAAAACUUUUACACAUGUGCAUGGUCCUAUGAUGAAGAAACUGGCAAACCCAUUCUGGCAGCUGCUGGAUCCAGGGGAAUUGUUCGCAUUAUUAGCCCAGCUACCAUGAAUAGCAUCAAACAUUACGUCGGUCAUGGACACGCCAUCAACGAAUUAAAGUUUCACCCGUCCGAUCCCAAUCUCCUUCUGUCCGUUUCCAAGGAUCACGCCCUUCGGCUCUGGAACAUAAGAACCGAUCAAUGUAUCGCAAUUUUUGGCGGUGUCGAGGGCCAUCGGGACGAAGUUCUCAGCGCCGAUUUCGAUCUGGAGGGUCGUCGGGUUAUCUCGUGCGGAAUGGAUCACUCGCUGAAACUGUGGCGACUUGAUACGGACGCCAUUGAAAAAGCCAUUGGCGAUUCCUACACGUUUGCGCCGAGCAAAAGUUCCAGGCCAUUCGCUACCGUUCAAGAAAAUUUCCCCAACUUUUCGACGCGUGACAUUCACCGCAAUUACGUCGACUGUGUCCGCUGGCUGGGCGAUUUCGUUCUUUCAAAGUCGUGUGAGAAUACCAUAGUUUGUUGGCGACCUGGCCGUUUGGCGAACAAUGGCAUACGAGUCAUGAACAAUAACGCCGUAACGGUACUACACCGAUUCGACUAUCGCGAAUGUGACAUCUGGUUCAUGCGAUUCUCACUGGAUUCCUGGAACAAGGUUAUGGCGCUGGGCAAUCAAGUCGGCAAGACUUUUGUGUGGGAUCUCGACACUGACGACCCCAUGGCAUCUCGCCAUUUAGUUUUGACACAUCCCAAAUGCAUCACGGCUAUUCGUCAGACUGCGUUGAGCCGUAAUGGCCAUGUAUUACUUUGCGUCUGUGACGACGCUACCGUCUGGCGUUGGGAUCGUAUUCUCUAAUCAUUUAUACAUACAUUCUUUUUCUUCUUCUUUUUUUUUUCAUUUUUAACAACCUGAAUGUGUCGAAAAUAAAAAAAAAAAAAAGUAAAAAUCACCAUAAAAAGAAAUUAAGAAAAUAUUCGAUUUGAUUAAAAUGGCAACGUUGUUGACGUGCAGGGGCUAAACAGAAGUUAGUGUUUCUUUCCUUUCAGCACGUCCAUUGAGAGUAUCUGGCGUGGUGAGACAUAUGUGUGUGUCGAAAUCUCAGCUUUUUAUUAGUUUACUCAGAGAAAUUCAACAUGCCCAAGAAUAAAGGU